UUGGAUGUUGGUGAUUGCUAUGCCAAAAGGAAAAUUCGUGUUCUUAGAUCCAUUGAAAUCACACAAACAUCCAGAAGAAAUUGAUUCAAUGAUAAUGAGUGCAUAUUAUAGAGCUUCUUCCAAUGCAUUACUCGGCAAUCCCACAAAGAUAUUCAAUGUUACAUGUCCAAGACAACCACAAAGUCAUGAAUGUGGUUUUUAUGUCUUGAAGUACAUUAGAGAUCUUGUACGGGCAUCAAAUGCAAUGACUACCCUAAAAGAAAAAUUUGGUGGGAAGACGCAAUAUUGUGAGAUUGCAGACCUCUUGCCAAUCCAACACGAAUGGUUAGGCAAAUUGAUACCAUACAUUUAUCAGUAAGCCUAUUUUUGUUUAGUUGUAAGUUUAGUCUUUUGUAAAUGUAUUAAUGUUAAGGCUAGUUAUCUUACUUAAGUACUUGUAUUUUAUAUGUUUAUGUACAAC